GUGCUCUAACCUGGGAUCGCUUUUAAAUGCGCGUGCAGUUAAAUACAGGAAUUGUUCACUGUUAUUUUACUGCUUCAAUAAUAAAACCUGAAACUUAAACGUUAGAAGAAAUGAAGAAAAGUUGGAGGGAGACACUGAGUGCGCACAUGGAGAGCUGAAUGCAGCUGUAUGAUGGAGCGCUCUGGGAAUCUCCUGGUCUCCAUGAGGAGCGCUCUGCUCUGGAGCAUCCUGUGGCAGUCAAUGUCCUGUUAUGAGAAGACUCAUUCACAUGCUGAGGAUGAACUCUUUAAGAAGCUUUUUGUUGGAUACAACAAGUGGUCACGACCUGUGCCAAACACCUCAGACGUGGUCAUCGUUAAGUUUGGCUUGUCCAUCGCCCAGCUCAUUGAUGUGGAUGAGAAAAAUCAGAUGAUGACAACCAAUGUCUGGUUGAAGCAGGAGUGGAAUGACUAUAAAUUGCGCUGGAAGCCGGGUGAUUAUGACAAUGUGACGUCUAUCAGGGUGCCGUCAGAGCUCAUCUGGGUUCCAGACAUUGUGCUUUACAACAAUGCAGAUGGGGAGUUCGCAGUCACCCACAUGACCAAAGCUCACCUCUUCUACACAGGAAAAGUCCGUUGGGUUCCACCUGCCAUCUACAAAAGCUCUUGCAGCAUUGAUGUCACCUUUUUCCCCUUUGACCAACAGAACUGCAAAAUGAAGUUUGGGUCAUGGACAUAUGAUAAGGCUAAGAUUGACUUGGAGCCUUUAGAGACCACCGUGGACCUCAAAGACUACUGGGAGAGUGGCGAAUGGGCCAUCAUCAAUGCUGUGGGAACGUACAAUACCAAAAAAUACGACUGCUGCCACGAAAUCUACCCAGACAUCACAUACUUCUUCAUCAUCCGACGCCUUCCUCUGUUCUACACCAUCAACCUAAUUAUCCCGUGUCUGCUGAUCUCCUGCCUGACGGUUCUGGUCUUCUACCUGCCAUCAGACUGUGGUGAGAAGAUCACACUAUGCAUUUCCGUCCUCCUCUCGCUCACCGUUUUCCUUCUGCUUAUCACAGAGAUCAUUCCGUCCACGUCGCUGGUCAUACCGCUUAUUGGCGAAUACCUGCUCUUCACCAUGAUCUUUGUCACAUUGUCCAUCAGCAUCACUGUGUUUGUGCUGAACGUGCACCACCGCUCACCAGGCACCCAUAAGAUGCCAAGUUGGGUGCAUACGAUCUUUCUUGACAUCAUCCCACGUUGGCUGUUCAUGCGCAGGCCGGCUCCCUAUGGACGCCGUCGGCAGAGACUGCUGCUCCUGAAAAAUAGAAGGUCACAAGCCCUCGGGGCUCCUGCUGGAUCAUGUUUGAGCACUUCAGCCAGCUGGUUCAGGGAGGUGGCUGAGGAUGAGGAAGCAAAUACACGAUGCUUCUAUGAAGACCUGGAGUUAGGCACGCUGUCUUCUAAUUUUUCUUUCUCCUUUCGCCCUCCUUCUCCUCGUCCACCUGGGUCCACUCCAACUCCUUCUCCUCCACUUCCUCCUCCUUCUUCAUCUCUGCCCCUUAAACAUGGACCUACUACGAGUCAUGAUGCAGUGCUGGGUGCCAGGUAUCCAGGGGGUAGAGUCAACCAUACUAUGCGGCAAUCAGACAGUGAGCGAUUCUCUCUGUCUCCCAGCAUCAUGCAGGCUCUGGAGGGAGUUCACUACAUAGCAGAUCAUCUGAAAGCACAAGACGCUGACUUCAGUGUUAAAGAGGACUGGAAGUAUGUUGCCAUGGUGAUCGAUAGGAUCUUCCUGUGGAUGUUCAUCAUUGUUUGUCUGUUGGGUACCAUCGGCCUGUUCCUUCCCCCAUGGCUGGCCGGCAUGAUCUAGAGCCACUUACUUAUAAACUUGCAGACAUGCAGGACACGUGCGAUGGAAAUACUCGUCAUUACAGACAUGGAUCGAGAAUGCAACAUGGAUAAAUAAUACAGAAAAAGUUGUGCAAAAAUAUUUCACUGAAGAGCUACAAAGUCAUGAAACGGAAUGUCUUCAGCACUGUGCAGGAGAUUUAGCGUUGAAUGUAAGAAUUGUAAUAAACACUGAUGAAUAAAAUGUGGCACCUUCAAAAAAGACUUUUGCAUGAGUGCAAGCAGGACUAUUAA